AUGUCCUCUUCAACAUCAGAACUACGAGACCAACCAAAAUGCUGGACAAAGGGAGAAUACGUAGUCUCAACCGACGUAUCCCGAAUCCCUAUCAAAACUCUAAACACCUGGUACGCCGGCGAAGAGUUCUACUGGGCAAAGCCAAUGCCGGAGUCCGCUUUGCGCGAAACAUUGCAGAACUCCCUCUGCUUCGGGCUGUACCAUGAUCCAGACCAAACCUUAAGCCAGUCAGACAAGACACCAGAGAACGACGAAUUGGCAGACUCCACAAUCGAAUUCGUCGGCUUCGCCCGCUGCGUAACAGACUACACAACAUUUCUCUUUUUGACGGAUGUCUUUGUACUUGCCUCGCUCCAGGGCCGAGGCCUGGGAACUUGGCUUGUAAGCUGUGUGCAGGAGGUUAUCGAGACAAUGCCCUAUCUUCGGAGAUCGCUGCUGCUUACUAGGGAUUGGAAACGGUCGGUGCCGUUUUAUGAGAAGGUUAUGGAUAUGGAGCUUAUGGUAUGCAACCCUCCUGUUAAUGGGAAGGAUGCGGUGGGAUUUGCUAUUAUGCAGCGGAAGUCUUGGGGGGCUCCUGGGUUUGGGGAGAAGCCCUAG